AUGAGUUUGAAAGAAGUAUUCGAACAACAUCCCUGGAGGUCAUUUAAGAAGUUCAAUGAAGCUGCAAAGAGUUGGGGAUUUACUAACAGAGCUGAAGUUAAAAAGUUCUUUGACAAAAAUGUUGUACAUCAAACAAAAAUAAACCCUUACGACUACUUUUUACCAAUUUACUCCAACACUCCUGACGCAUACCAAUUUGACACUCUCAUUCAAAGCAGAAAAGGAGGACAUAAACCAUUCCUCAUCUUCAUUAAUGUUAACACUCGCAAAGCUUUUGCGUAUAUAAUGAAAAAUAAAGGAACUCGUGAAGUGUUAAGAGUUUUACAAAAGUUUGUAGCAGAACAUAGCCCAAGUACUUUAACAUCAGACCAAGACAGUGCAUACCUCAGCAAUGAAAUCACAGAAUUUCUCAUUAAGCAUAACAUAACUCACUACACUACCGAAGACCAUAACCAUAACAUACUCGGCAUCAUAAACCGC